CGUACACGCCUGUUUAGUUGGUAUUUCUAUGUUGAAAAUUUAACAAUUUUGAUUCCCAUCUUAUCUUAAACCAAAAUAAUUAUAAAUUAGUGGUAAAUUAUAAGAACAUGGAGGCAACAAAUCCAUACAGGUGGAUGCAAGGGCAUCACCAGGUUUGGUGGGCAUAACAUGCCAACUAUGUCAAAGAGGAAGUCUUAAUUUACAUUAAUUACAAGUAAACCUACUUUAAAUUUGGCUUAUUCAGAGUCUUAGCGCAGGCAAAACUUUUGAAUUGAAUUAAACUAAUCUUGCUGCGUUAUGUUUAUGUAUAUGAUAAAAUUUAGUUGAAAAUGUGAGCAGAAGAAUUGAAGCUUAUCUGCAGCUGUAUAAUGGUGGCACUAACCCACAACUCUCUUAUGUAUUCUGAGAAUCUGACGCUUCCCACGUUUCAGGUGAUAGUGAUGAAUGCAAACAUGGGCUGCGCUGAAUGUCGACAAAGAGUCUCCCAACUUACUUCAAAGAUAAAUGGACUUAAAGAAUAUACAGUGGAUGUGCCCAAUAAACAAGUGAUUGUGAAAGGGGAUUUGGGAUUUCAUAGCAAACUCCGCUAUCGUUCUCCUUUCCACAGAAAUAUGAAGACGGGCAGUAUAUUUUGCCUCAGCUUACAAGCAAAUUUAAGGAGAUGGAGAAAGCGUAUAAGUCGGCAUUUUUUACCACUCUCGUCCUCGCAGCUGGAUAGCAAAGGCAGACUCUAAUUCAAUAUCCAUGCUCUAUUAAAGAAGACUGCCAACCGCUUUCCCUAGAGCUCCCUGUUAUAUGUCUUAACAAUCAAUCCGUGCGUUUGUGGAAGAAUCCCAAACCAAACAAACUCUCCCUCCCUUAAAUGGGGGAGUGUGUAUUUCAGUUUGUGUGAUGGUGAAAUAAAGAAAUUAUGUGGUCUAUUUUAUGCAAA